AUGGGUUACGCUCGUAUCAACCACACGAUUCUCCGUCGGCUGUCCAAAGCCGUCGAAGCAGAUCCCGAGGGCGACUUAGAAGGGAUAUUGCAUAACCUAUACACGUCUUACCCAAGGCUUCGUGCUGCUUCAGACAGGAAAGCCAAGAAACUCGCUCUCUUGGAAAAGAAUAUCGAUAAACUAGCCCCAAGCACAGUUACGAACGCCCCUUCUACCACCAAAGGCCUGUCGCCUCCAUCUUUCCUGAAGGCUGUCGAUCAUGACACCGUCGAGGUCGUCGUGCCCUUGGAAGCGGAGGUUAUAUCCGUUCUACGCUCAGAAGGAACACCGGGUCAGCCCAUCAGCGAAGCUAUCCUACAAUUGCUGCGGAGCCGUCCUCCCCUUUAUGCCUGUGGCGGGGCUUGCGUUAUCCCGCUCUCUGACACUGUCGUAGCAAAGUUCAGCGACGAAGACUGUCGGUGCGAAAUCGCCAUGCUACAGUUUCUCGACACCCACGUCCCUACCGUCAAUGCUCCCAAGUUUCUUGGGCUCGCCAAUGUCGGCCCGAGGGCGUGCAUGUUCAUGACUCGCCUUUCUGGAGAAACUCUGGAGAAAAGAUGGCCAGACCUAUGCGAUAGCCAGAAACGCCAAGUCCGGGACUUGCUAGACAAGAUGCUCCAUUCUCUCCGUACGUUCGAAUUGCCAGCUGGCUCGCCCUUCGGCUCGGUUACAGAACAACGUAUCUGCAAAGACACUCGCCAAUCUACACAUCGUUCCAUUCCCAACUCGAUAACAACCGAACAGCAAUUCAACGAGUUCAUCUCCACGUGCAAUAGCUCGCGCGUCGCUCCUCGGUAUCGAAACUGGAUCUCCUCCUUGCUGCGGACGAAUCAUCGGAUUCUCCUCACUCACGGCGAUCUGCAUCCCGCGAAUAUUAUAGUACACACGGACGAUGAUGCACGUAUCAGCGUGGGGAUCAUCGACUGGGAAAUGGCUGGGUACUAUCCGGAAUACUGGGAAAUGCUCAAGGCUCUGAAUACAAGAGCGGUAGAUGACAGAAGCGACUGGUGGGACUGGCUCCCGCCAAGUAUUCUGGGGUACGAUAUCGAAGUCGUCAUCGAUCGAUAUAUGGAGAAGGCAUUGGGCUUAUGGUGCAAAAAUGGCUAUCAUCUCUGGCAGUUCGGCGACGCUGGCUGGAUAGAACCACAGCGCGACAGCAUUUUCCAUGUAAGUUUCAGCAUCGCCGCAUCCACCGCUGAAGCGUGGAUCCGCCUCCCAAUGCCUACCGCUACUCUCGCCGUCGCAAUCUACCGCCCCCAGGAAAACUCGAAGUCCCAUUGGGCUCUGUGGCUUUCUGUCACAACCGACGGCGUUGUGGAGGAUAUCAUAUACCAUGCCGCGGGCGAACCCGGAGCACUGGCUCUAGAAAUUCGUCAUCACAACCCGCGACAGUCUCGCCGUAUUUCGCAAAUCAUCUAUGUAUCGGAUCUCGACUCCGAACGAGACAUUCAAGAAGUCCGCGACAUCAUGGACAGCCAACCGCUACUGAACGAUAUACCUGUUUGGGGCUGCCAAGACUGGGUCAUGGAAGCGUUGGACACCAUGGACGAGGAAGAGGUUUUGGACACGACAUGGCCUGAGGCGAAGGAGCAGCUGAUGGCAGUCUUCAAGAACUAG